AUGGCCGCCGAAGCCCAAGUCGCUCUUCAAAUGAACCGCAUCGACACGAUGCGUGAUAUGUCCAACCGCUUGACCGACGCCGUACUCGCUACUCAAGGUGCACCCGCUAUUGACGCAGAACUCGCUUUCUUGAAUGAUUUGUGGACUCGCUUCAACACAACUCAUGAGAGAAUUUUUGAGGAGAUUCCAGAGAUCGUCGAAAACGAAUACUAUACAGGUAACGCGUUUGGUACCGCUAGUUUAGUGUACACCGAACUCCUGGUGAGACUCAACGCAGGUAAACCCGCUCCAGUGCCUGCUCCAGAGCCUCAAGCCAUCAACCACGACCAAACUGCGUAUUUCGGAGGCACACACAAAGCGAACCUGCCUCAAAUAAAAUUGCCGACGUUCCAGGGCUCAUAUGACGAGUGGGACUCGUUCAAGGACUUGUUCACCUCUCUGGUCAUCCACGAAAAUUCGCUUACCGGCUCGCAGAAGAUGCAUUACCUGAAAACCCAGGUCAAAGGUGAGGCCGCGUCGUUAAUCGCUAACAUACAAGUCACGGAUGACGAGUUCCAAUCGGCUUGGGAACUAUUGAACACUCGCUACACCAACCCACGCAGAUUACUCGACAUGCAUGUCGAUGAAUUACUGUACCGACAACCGCUAACUGGCCACUCCGCUGCCGAACUUGACGCCUUGUUACUCGCUAAUAAGAAGUCGCUGGACGCCAUCUCGCCUUGGGAGUACCAAUCAACGAUUCAGAUCCAUUUUUGA